AUGCUAGAGGCUCACUUCAUCAUAUUUCUUCUCUGGGCAGUGAUGCAGUCCCUCACUGGGGUCUUUGCAAAUAGCAUCAUCUUGGUGGUGAACAGCAUCGCCUUGGUGAGGCAGAGAAGACUGGCUUCCCUGGAUCUGCUCCUCUCCUGCCUGGCGACGACUAGGAUCUGUAUGCAGGUGCUCAUCUUUAGCAUCCAUCUGGUUGCUCUCUCCUUGGUGAAAGAGUCUGUGUUUAUUGAUAAUUUUCUAAUUCUCAUGUUUGUAAAUGAACUGGGGCUUUGGUUUGCCACGUGGCUUGGCGUUUUCUACUGUGUCAAGAUCGCCACCAUUCCACACCCGAUAUUCUUCUGGCUAAAGAUGAGGAUAUCCAAGUUGGUGCCCUGGCUGAUCCUGGGAUCUCUGCUCCACUCAUUGAUCAGUUCUGGCCUCCAAAGCAAAUACAUGUGGUCAUUUUACAAAGGAGUCAUUGAGAACCAUUUCUCCAAAAAUAGGACGAAAACUGAAGACACACCUUCUGAACCAUUUUAUAUUUUCAUUGCGGGACUCGUGCCACCAUUACUUAUCUUCCUCGUUGCGGUUCUGCUCUUGGUUUUCUCCCUGGGGAGACACACUCAGCAGAUGAGAACCAUGGGCACCAGGGACCCCUGCAGGAAUCCCCACAUCAACGCACUGCUCUCCAUCCUGUCAUUCCUAAUCCUCUACUUCUCCCACUAUGCAGUGACUAUUUUGUUCUGUGCUCAAAUUGUGCAGUUUGGAAGCUUCCUCUUUCUGCUCUGUGUGAUGAUUUCUGGUGCAUACCCUGCUGGACACUCUAUCAUCUUAAUUUUAGGAAAUGCUAAACUGAAACAAAAUGUAAAAAUGUUCCUCCUCCGUGGUAAAUGCUGCCAGUGAGGAAUUGGGUCACUUCAAAACAGCCAGGAUUCAGUGACUUAUCAGCACCUGCUGUUCCUUGCCCAGCCAACAAAGCAUCCUGUACAUAAAUAUAUAACAUGUCAUCUCAAGAUUGUUCGCUUAACCUUAUGGAUGUUUAUAGCUUUGCUACUUUUUCACAGAGUUAAAUUGAUUUCAAAAGCAUGACACAUGUCAAGAGAUUACAUCCAUGUCAAUAUCCAUCAUCUUGCAAGAUGUUACCAUUGAGAAAACUGGGAAAAUAAUACAGGGAUCUUCCUAUAGCCUUUCUUACAAGUGCAUGAAAAUCUUCAGUUUUCUCAAAAUAAAACAUGUAAUGCAAAAGGAAAGCACAUGUUUGCAUUUGUGACAGUAGAAGCCAGACAGUGUCACAGGGUCCUUCUAUGUCCGAUGCCUAGUCUUAGAUGGUUUACCAGAUGGGCUGACUGCUCAUCCUCUGUCUACCUGGAGGUCAUUUCUCUCUGUUUGCUGGAGUCACAGACAAUGGAGCCACUCUUCUUCCCUAAAUCAGAAGGAAGCUGAGCACAGACAGACCUCAGUCCU